GAAGUGGGAAGGUGCAGUUGGAAUGUCGCCUAAAGGCAAGGGAGCUGCACUGCUUCCAGUCUUCAGUCCAUGAGCCAAGGACGCAAUACAACAAAGUGGUUUAGCGCAGAAUCGUGAGGCACACACAGCAGAGCAACUGCACAGUCUUAAAUGGCUUGCGUGAGCUACUAUGGAAUAGCGCUCUGUUGAAUGAAACAAGUGGAAAUCACACCACCCUUGUCUCUAAGAAAUUGCAGGAUCUGUUGAUGAGCAGGAGCAAGUUUUGUGGAGAGGACGUCCAUCUGGCACAAUUUAGAGGAGAACAUCCCAAUCCAGCUGGGAGAAAACCAUUGCAGUGCUCUUCGGUCUCUAUCGGGGGACAUGAGGAGAGAUAGACUGCUGGUGGCUGUCACGUUGGUCACCCUCCUGGCGGCUGAUGUUCAUUUUGUCCUAAUUCCCCGAUUGAAAACAUGGUAUCACCUGUCCAGAGAAAUCUGCGCAUGCAGGGGCGACAAUGUCAGCUUGGGGAACCGUGUUCCAACAACUGAUCUAUGGCUGUCGAACCAGAGUUCUACUGUGGUUUAUGCAGAGCAAGUCUCCAAACUGGAAAGGUUGUUCCGACACUCGCUGUACAACAUCCGUCUUCCAGAACUGGGGCCUGAUGAUCUUAUUUUGCAGCACGAGGAGCUUAUGAAUUACCACAAGAGAAAAAUGACCCGAUGGGAGAGACUGAAAAAGUUCUACAUUGAGGCGGCAGCUGCCUCAAACAUCACUAUACCUGAUCACCCUGUGACCUUUGACCCUGAGGCCAGUUGGCUAAGAUUCCAUUUGGGCAUCAACCGAUAUGCACUAUAUUCAAGAGAUGACAGCAGCAUAGACAGACUUCUGGAGGACAUGCACACAGGCACUGUUAUUAGUGCAGAUUACACUCAGGAUGAGAAAGCUUUAAAGGGUGCAUGUGACUGCUCUCAAGUGGUUAAGCCAAGCGGUCUUCACUUAAAGUUGGCACUGAAGCUCCAAGACUUUGGGAAAGCUAUGUUUAAACCAAUGAGACAGGAGCGACACGAGGAGACACCAGAGAACUUUUUCUAUUUUGUUGACUUUCAGAGGCACAAUGCAGAGAUUGCAGCCUUUCACCUCGACAGAGUGCUGGACUUCCGGAGAGUUCCACCUGUGUCUGGGAGAUUGGUCAAUGUCACCGGUGAAAUCUUGUAUAUAACUCACAACGCGGACCUGCGCAAUGUUUUCUUCAUCUCUCCAGCCAACAACACGUGUUUCUUUGCCAAGUGUUUAUACGUGUGCAAGUCAGAGUAUGCUGUGUGUGGUCACCCGGAUCUUCUUGAAGGGUCCAUGUCUGCCUAUCUCCCAGGCUUGAGCAUUGCUCCCCGGAUCUCCAUUCCCAACCCCUGGAUACGCUCCUACAGCUUCACUGGCCGAGAGGAGUGGGAAGUCAAUCCAUUAUACUGUAACACAAUCAAAACACUUUAUCCCUACAACUCUGGGAAUAGACUUCUCAACAUCAUUGACAUGGCAAUAUUUGACUUUCUCACAGGAAACAUGGACAGGCACCAUUAUGAGAUUUUCACCAAGUUUGGGGAUGAAGGUUUCUUGCUUCACUUAGAUAAUGCCAGAGGAUUUGGACGAUAUUUCCACGAUGAGAUGUCCAUUUUAGCACCCUUGACGCAAUGCUGUGUCAUCAAGCGCUCUACACUACUGAGACUGAAACUUUUGGCAAGAUCAGAGUACCGUCUAAGUGACGUAAUGCGGGAAUCCCUAUCGCGAGAUCCUCUCACCCCAGUUCUGACUGAGGCACAUCUGGAGGCCUUGGAUCGGCGAUUGGAACAUGUUCUUAGGACAGUGGGAAGAUGUGUGAAGAAGCUGGGAGAAACACAAGUGGUGGUCACAGACUUUGUGGAAUCACAGAGAGGAACAACUACCCACCCAGCAACAAAUAACAGGUGACAGGAGGACAGUGAGAAGUGAGGAUGUGAAGAGAUAACAAGAAUCCCCUGCCCAGAACCCCCCCAUAAUUCCACAACAAAAAUAUCAGCGUACCCAAGUCAAGGAGAUUUGAUUGUUUUUGUAAAAAACUAACAUUCCUAUGCAUCUUAAUGGCAGCUGCUGGGCUGGCACAGGACCACUGGAAGUAUACAAAAUGAAACCUACAAUGGUACUCUUGGAUGCUCAAUUUUGGAAAAGAAUUAAAUGCCAAUUUUUUUCAUAAAUACUCGUUGAUGGCACCAGAGGAGGCCAGCAAAAUUAGACUGUUCAAAGAAAUGUCUGAUUGUGAUUGUGAAUUUGGGUUGAUCGUUGUCAGAAAAGAGUCAUUUGGAAAAUCUGUCUGUGGUCAGGUGAUGCAGGAUUGGCAUUGAAGACAAUAAGAUCACAUUACAUCAGAAAACGCAACAUUUAUUGUUCUUUAACUGCACGUUAGUAGCACUUUACAAUAAGGUUCUAUUUGUGUACAAUAAGUUAAUGCUAACAUGAACUAACAACGAACAUACUUCUACAGCAUUUAUUCAUAUUAAUUUAUCAUUUCAGCGUUACAUUAUUCCAAGUCAAACGUUGUUAACAUUAUUUGCUAAUGCAACAUGAACUAAAAUGUAUUACUGUAGGCUACUAAAAUUAACAAGGAUUAAUAAAUGCUGAAAAACUAUAUUGUUCAUUGUUAGCUCAUGCACUUACUAUUAUUACCAAACAGCACCUUAUUGUAAAGUGUUACCCACCAGUUUUAAACAAACAGCCUGAGGAACAUUUGCACGUCCCAGCAAGCAAAAAAUGAAAGUCUGUAAUAAUAAAUAAAAAGAACCAAAACCAGAAAGAAAACUUGAAUCGAAUUUUUUUAAGGAAGUAGGUAGUGUGCCACUAUUAACCUAAUCCAAGACUUUCAUUAAACACUGCCCCCUUGUGUGAAAAUCUAUAUACGAAUACAAAAAACUUAUUUUUAAGGGAAAGUGUUUAAUUUGAAGCUGAUGAAUGAAUAAUGGAACCUUUGACUACUUAAAGUCUUUGCCUAUGUCCAUAAGGUUUAUUUCUAUGUAGAACUCACAGGGAAUCAAUUGACAUAUUUGGGAAACACUGGAGCAAAUAUAAUCAGUGGUCCGCAACUCUUAAAACUGAAUGUCACUAAACAAGCAGAAACAUUUGGGUUAUAAGGAAAAAAUGUAACCCACGACAACAAAAGCCAAGGCAAGCUCUAUUCAUCGGUUUAAAACACAUAAUCAUUCAACAGUCUGUCUAUUCACACAGAUAUAAAACAAAGUUAUCUGAACCAAUUCAAAUGACAAUUAAAUAUGCAAAAAUUUUGUUUCAUAAACUAAUACUGGGAAUAUUAUAUAUAUAUAUAAA